ACGUUCAAAAAGACUUUGUAGUAUUACCUCUCACACAACAAAUGUUGGUCCAAACGAUUUAAGUCUAUAGAAAACAAAAUCAAGAUGUUAUUCCUGGAUAAUUCUAGAUAGUUGAGGCUAUCAUUUUAGUGGUUGCAGGAAUUCACUUAAAUAUCCAACAAUCCUCCCCAUUUAAGUGUAAUAAUAUAUUCAUUAAAUAAUAACUUAACACAUAUUUCAAACUUAUGCAUAAUGAAAAUAUUUGAAGAAUUGAAUUUUCAUCUUCGUAUAUUACACGUUCAAAAGGCCUGAAAAUCAGGAUGUCAUACGAAGUAAAUCUUUCAAAAGUUCUUCACAUAUUUGAUUUUUUCUUAGGAUAAGCUUUUUUUGGAGAAUACUUCCAGAAAAAUCUUCUUACACACAUAAAGUUUUUUCACUAUUGGAAGAAGUCUGCGUAGAUUAUUUUUGCAAUCUAUCAUAUUUGACUUUUUCAGAAAAGACUUAUGUGCUAAUCUUAUGACAUAAGAUUUCAAUAGAAAUCUUCUUUCGUAGCCAAAAAUUUGAUCAGAAACACAUAAAAGUUAGAAAAUGUCGGUCAAUUGCAAAACUAAUAUGUUUUUUUUGUUAACAAAGAAAAGUUAGAAAAUUUUUACGGAUUUUUUAAAUAAAAAAUAUACAAAAAUUUAAUUGCAAAACUAACAUAUGCAUUGACCAGAAGCUUCUUGGCAAAACAGAUCUGAAAAAAAAAAUCAAAGAUCAUUCUUAAAUCCGGUGAAGUUCAUAUUUAGCUUCUCCAAACACGCAUAACUAAUUAAUGAAAGUUACCUUUCUUGACCAAGAAUCAUGAACUUUAGUUACUCUUAAUAAGCUUAUAAAAUUUGAAAUAAAAAAGUUGAGAUUUCAGAAUGAAAUAACAGAGGAAGUGAAAAGGGAAAUGGUUUAUGUGUAUAAGAAAUAAGAAUAUGAAGAUUUAGAUGUUGGUUUUAAGUGCAUUUAGAGUUUCAAAUUAAUUGUUCAUGGUGGUUAGUGUAUUGAUGAGAAUGUCAAUUAUUGUAAAUAAAAGAAGAAGGCGAGGAUGAUUGAGUAAAACAAACAUUUUUGAGAAAAAUAUAAUAGUAUUUUCAUGAAUAAUAUGAACUUUUUAGAUGAAUAGAACAGUUGAAAGUAAAAAUUUAUGGAUUAGUUUUGCAUUUGACUUUUUUUUGUUUUGAGUCAUAUUGAAAAAAUCCCAACAUUUUUUAUACCUCUUCAUUAAUGUUGUUAAGUGCUUAGGUAAAUAAACAACAAUGAGUAUGAUGCCAUGUUAGUUUAGUGACUAUAAACUUUGACUGACCACUCAAUUUAAGAAUCUUAACUUUGACCAGACACAAACAUUAACCAUCCUUAACGGUCCAAUAUUCCUUUUUAUUAUUUUCCAAUGAUUUCCUGUAACCGGAUUCUUAUAAUCCAAUCUUCAUCAUUGUUUAAAAUCGAAAUCCAUGUGCCUCAUGUGUUUUCUGCUUCUCUCGUAAUUCCAUAUUGCUAAACUAAUAAGACUAAUUAUUUCUUGACGAUGAAGUUAUUGAUAAACUAAUAGAUACCAUUAUAUUCCUGCUAAAUCUUUGAUUAACCAAAUCAAUUUAUUCGCAACAUAUAGUCAAAAUAAGCGUCUUGUUCAUUCAAAUAUUUUGUCAUGUUCUCAAAGAUUAUGAUUCCCUCUUAAAAUAAUGAACGCGUAAUUUUGAAUUCUGAAAUUCUAGAAAGUUAGUAAUUGUAUAAAUGGAAUUAUGAGUACUCUCAAAGUCUUAUAUCAUGUAGGUAUAUUUAUAUUUCUCACUAAGUCAGAUAAUUCACGUUAAUUUUUGAGAAAAGAUAGUUACCGUAUGAUUUCAUGUCUCAGUAUGGAUAGAUUUUUUUUGACAUCAAAAGAUCUUUCUAUCACUCAAACUAAAAUUAAUUUUGAAAUUUAGACGGGAAAGAACAACCAACAAAAAAUAGAUCACCAUAAAAUUUUUUGCAGUUUUGGCUAAAGCAUUAUCAGUUUUGUUUUGGGCCCUUGGUACAUAUAUGAUUUUGAAGUUUUGAUAGCCUCCUUUGAUAACUUCAAACUCUGCCAUCUCGAUGGAAAAGCUUGACCAUGCUCUUGGAUCCUUUAUCAUUGAAAUUACAUCCUCAAUCAGUACCAAAUGACUGACAUGAGGUAUGAUGAACCAUGUUCUCCAUUGCCAAUAUGAGAACAUCCAGUUCUGAAUGUAACGGUGAUAAGUUGUUUCUCAAUCCUAAAAGUGGUUUCUUUCUAGUUUCGUCUAGCCAUAUCCAACUAUAACCACUGUACUAUGACACCGCAGUCCAAGAACCAUCUACCAGAUCUUGGUAAAUACAUGAUCUUGAAGUUUGGAUAGUCUCCUUUGAUAACUUCAAACUCUGCUAACUCGUUGGAAAAGCUUGACCAUGCUCUUGGAUCCUUUAUCAUUGAAAUUACAUCCUAAAUCAGUACCAAAUGACUGACAUGAGGUAUGCUGAACCAUAUUCUUCAUUGCCCAUAUGAGAGCAUCCAGUUCUGAAUGUAAUGGUGACAAGUUGUUUCUCAAUCCUAAGAGUUGUUCCUUUCUAAUUUAGUCUAGCCAUAUCCAACCAUAACCAUUGUACUAUGACACCGCAAUCCAAGAACCAUCUACCAGACAAAUAUUUUUUAAGCAUAAGGCUUGUGUACCCUGGUUCUGGUAUGGUGGAAUCACUUCAUUACUUGUUAUUAAGUUCGUCUCAAACCAAUCUCUAACCGAUCUCGUGUUAUAUCUCUGAAUAGCUUAUCAUUUCGGAUAUUUUCAUAAAUACUUAAUUAUCCAUGAAUAUGGAUCUCUGUCUCAAUAUAAAUAGUUAUGCAUAUAUUACUGUGUAUUCCAUGCAUAUAUGUCAUGUAAGUAAGAAACAAGUUUGACUUGUCUAAAACACAAAGAUUGAAACAAGUUUGACUUUCUUCUUAAGGGAAUCUGAGUAGUAGUUUAAGAAAACUGAAGAUAGAUCAUGGCACAUGCAUUGAUUUUGUUCUAGAUUCUUUAAUCCAAAUUAAAGUUUAUUGAAAAUGUAUAAAUUCCAAUCUAUCAGCAUAAGUUUUAUAUUGGAUAACAAAAGUGUAUUAUUUUAAGUUAACAGAUAGAGUAAUCAGACCAGCCUUCUGGGUUUAUCAACGACUUUGGUCAAAUGAACCUACGCCCGACGCGUAACCUUCUCUUCUAGUAUACAAUAUAAUAUCUUUAAAUUAAUACUCUAUAAAUUAAUAUACACUAAAAAUCUCAACAAAAUAAUAUAAUUUUAUAGUUUCAAAUUGAGUUUUUAGUUCAAUUAGUAUAUCGAUAAAUUAAUAAAAAAAUUAUAGUUUUGGUGUAGUUCCAACAUUAUUAAUUUAUAGAGGUUACACUAUAAUUUGUUUGCUAAGGUUUAUAUAUCUCUACGUACAUUUAACAUACCUUUUUUUUUACGUAUAAUACUACGUGGAAGAGAUAUGCGUGCAUGCAUAUGGAUGAACUGCCACGUACAAAAUUAAAUAUACUCUCAAGGACUUUUUUUUUUAAAUAAAUAUAUUAAUCAAACCCAAAACGGACAUCUAAUGUUAAUAUACAAACUUGACUCAACCAAAAUGAUAAAGAAAAUAUGUUUACAAACUGCCUCCGCAUCAACCACCUCUACGGCGCGUUCCGCUAGCUAUCAUUUUGGUUCCUAAUAAAAUUCGGUGUUUGCUAUAUUUAUCUCUCCUCUUUUUUCGGUGAUUUUUUGGAUGAUUUUAGUACGUGGAUAUCUUGUAUUUUUGAUCUAGAAUAGCUAUCUAAUUAUAUUGUACCUUAUGUUUCUAAUUGUUCUGUCUUCAGGAAUCCUUUGGAACUUGACAAAUAUGCGGAAGGCGAAUACCAAACUUAGUUUAAUGCAUAUGAGUCAACUCCCUUACCUCCACAAGAGCAUCCACACCAGAAGCAACAAGUCUUAAGCUCAGAUAAUAUAUAUAUGGUAAAUGGUUUAUAGACCUUUAUAUCUCGAUUCAGUAGAUGUGGAUGGUUUUGGAUGGAUAGUUUGGAUAAGAUUCAACUCAUGUGAGUGUGGAACUUAAGAAGGCGAGAGGCUGCUCUGCACACAAAAUUAGAAGCACUGAGAUGGGCUAUGGAAAGUAUGCUCCAACAUUCGACAUGUCAGAACUUUGGGACAUACUGCAAGGAUCUAAUUGCAAUGCUAAAAAAUCCUCAAGCUUGGCCAAGUUUUGUAACAUAAUUGGAGACGAUACAUACUUUUCAGAUAUGCUUUCCGGACUUCAAAAUUAAUUACAUCCCAAAAGCGAGAAAUGAAAUUAUUGAUUAUUUAGCUAGGUUUGAACAAUCUUUUUACAAAGAGCUUUAUUAUAUUGGUUUUUACAAAGAGCUUUUUACAAUGGAAUUGUUUGUUAUCUGGACCACUUUAAAUUUGAGUAACAUAGUAAGUGUUUGUUGCCAAAAAAAAAAUGUUCUAUCUUCGAAGAUUUUUUUAAAAAUCAUGUUGGCUUGUGAUUCUGUAGGAAGAUUUGUUUCCUACUGGUUUAGUAUUCCAUUAUGUGCAUUACCAAGUUAUGAAUCAAAAGUUUUGAAAAAAAAAUUCUGUUAUUUAUUUAUUUAUAUGUAUAUAUAUUAUUUUUAAAAAAUUUACGGUUCUUACAAAUAAUACGAUCUUACUAUUGUCUGAACCUUGGAGUCCACAUAAGUUUUCAAAAUUAUUAUUUGAUACCACAUAUGUAUCAAUAUAUUUUGUUGUUAAAAGGUUAACUUAUCUAACGCUAGCACAUUGUUAAAAAUGAUUAUACUAUACAGUAAAAUUUAUAUUAAUUAACAAUACUUAAAUAAUGAUAUUUUAAUAUUUUAGUGAAACAUCAGUUUAAUUAUCAAAAUAUUGCUUGUAUCAAAAACUAGAAAUUAUACUUAUUUAAUUAUUAAAAUAAUAAUUUAGAGAAUAUUAAUUCAUAGAAUUAUAUUAACAUUAGGGAUUAUGCAUAAUUGGGACUUUUAUAGACAUCGAUCAUUUCAUUUUUUUUGGUGUAAACAUCGAUAAUUUCUUCCUUCAAAAUAUGCAUAAUGUUAUGUAUUUCAUAUCCCAAUUUCCAUUUUAAAACUAAUAUUGCAUUCCCGUAAAUAAAGUAUCGGUUAUACUAUUCUCAUAUUUGUUUGCAUAUGCACAUUCUGUGGACACAACUAGUCAAUAAGUCAUUAAUGCCAAUAUGCACAUAAGACAUAUCCCGUUCCCCGUUGACACAACUUUAGUCAGAGAAUUCAGAAACACUGGAUUCUUUCAACUGCUAAUAUUCCGCAAUUAUGGAGGAUUAUUUCAUAGGAUAAAUAUAUCAACUCGGAAAUUAUAUGGAUAUCGUUAAGAUUUUCUUCUAUUUUUUUUAUAUUGAUCUUAUGUAAUAUACUCAGCUCUUGGGAAGAAGCCAUGUGAACCAAAAUAUAUGCAUCCUUGUUAAAUUCGAUAACAUUUUAGGAUAAUAUAUAUGUAACAAUGUAAUCAUUGCAAAAGCAUUUCAAUAAUUUGUAAUAUCUACAAAUACAAAGGGAGCUUUUUAGUGAUAUGAUCAUUGAACCUUACCAAUACAAAGAAAUAAAUUGUACUAUUCGAUUUCUGUUGAUUAUUUUAUAUACCACCAACCAAACUUAAGUGCCGAUGGAAAAAGUCUUAACCAUGGCCGGUUAAUGAAAUAUAAUCUGAUCUAACUUCAUAAUUAAUUUUACUCAUAAUCAAUUAAAAGAAAGAAGAUACUAGAUUUUGAUAAUUUGAUAAUCGCUUGUAACUGAUUUGUUUUCGAAAUUAAAUAAUUAAAAAAAAAAAAUUUCUCUAUAAGGUGAUGUAUAGGUUUGGUAUAUUUUUCGGAACUGCAAACUAAACCGUACUAAGAUAAAAAAAGUGAAACAGAAAUUGAACUGAAUUUCAUAAUUAACUGAGCAUAUCAUAUAUUUCUGUAAUAAAAAAAUAUGAAAUCGAACUUACAAUCAAUCGAUACUUUAAUUUUAAAAUACAAAUUAUAUACUUACAAAUAUUAAUUUAAUUAAUUUCUAAAUAACCAAAUAUCCUAAAAAUACCUAUUAUUUAUAAAACAGAUUUAUCCAAAAAGUGAAUUAUCAUAAUAAUAUCAGUAAAUCUAUAAUCAUAUCAUUUUCAUCUUUGGCUGUAAACCUUUGAGGCAUAGUCUUCUCUUUGGGGUGUCACCCCUAUCAUCAGAAUGAUAAGUUUCUGUGUUAAAAAAAAUAAUCUAUAAUCAUAUCUAUGUGUAAUAUUCAGUAACAUUAAGAACAUAUACCAUACCACAAUUAUAUUAAUUAUCACGAAUUAAUUUAUACAACUAAAGCGGGGCAUAUGAUUAUGGAUUGUUAUGAGAUACUCUAAUCAAAGUCCCAUCAGCAACUUUGAAGAAAAGAAUCUAAUGAUUCGACAAGGAAAAGCUUAAAUAAUAUAAACUAUUUCGCAUUUUAAGCGAAAGCAUAUGAUUAAACGGGAAACCUUCUAAACUAUUACAUUUUAAUUAGCCACACUUAUUGAAGAACUUUUGCAUUCAUUUAAUUGAUUAAAAAUAACCUUAGAAUGCGCAAAUCACAUGCAGCUUCCUUAUAGUUCGUCCUUUAUAUAAACUCACCCACACCACUUCCAUCUCCAAACACAUUCCAAAACAUCUCAUUUCUCAAACAAACAAACAAAAAACCUUGUUUAAGUUCACUACCAAAACUCACCCACGCCUUGACAAAAACACCUAAACCUUAUUUGACUAUCACUACAUAUACUACCUAUUCGAUCAAACUCACCCCUUAAAAUGGAGAACAUGUUUAGACUCUUGGGCAGUGAAGACUUCUCCGACAGAAGACGGUGCAUUUGGGUUAACGGUCCAGUUAUCAUCGGAGCCGGCCCAUCGGGGCUAGCCACCGCAGCUUGCCUCCGCGACGAAGGUGUUCCCUUUGUAGUAUUGGAGAGAGCAGAGUGCAUAGCUUCACUCUGGCAGAAAAGAACUUACGACAGACUCAAACUUCAUUUACCCAAGAAAGUGUGUCAGUUACCCAAAAUGCCCUUCCCAGAAUCCUACCCGGAAUAUCCAACAAAACGACAGUUCAUCGACUACCUUGAGUCCUACGCUACACGGUUCAACAUUAACCCGCAAUUCAACGAGUGUGUUCAAUCCGCUCGGUACGACAAGACCAGUGGUCUCUGGCGCAUUAAGACGUCUUCUUCCUCCGCUACUUCUGGGUCGGAGAUGGAAUAUAUCUGCCGGUGGCUUGUGGUGGCGACGGGAGAAAACGCGGAGAGAGUUGUUCCGGAGAUUGAUGGGCUCACGACGGAGUUUAACGGCGAGGUGAUCCACUCUUGCGAGUAUAAAUGCGGAGAGAAGUACAAGGGAAAGAGAGUUCUUGUCGUCGGAUGUGGAAACUCUGGCAUGGAAGUUUCUCUUGAUCUCGCGAAUCACAACGCCAAUCCCUCCAUGGUUGUGCGUAGCUCGGUUCAUGUUUUACCAAGGGAGAUUCUAGGCAAAUCGAGUUUUGAAAUCUCAAUGAUGCUAAUGAAGUGGCUACCUCUAUGGCUAGUGGACAAGCUUUUGUUAAUCCUUGCAUGGCUGAUUUUGGGAAACCUGACAAAGUAUGGGCUAAAGAGGCCCAAUAUGGGCCCGAUGGAGCUCAAGGUUGUCACAGGGAAGACUCCAGUGCUCGACAUCGGAGCUAUGGAGAAAAUCAGAUCUGGCCAGGUAGAUAUCGUCCCUGGAAUCAAAAGGUUCUCUCGUAAUCACGUGGAGCUCGUUGAUGGUCAGAUAUUAGAUCUCGACGCUGUUGUUCUCGCUACGGGUUACCGCAGCAACGUUCCUUCUUGGCUUCAGGAAAGUGAUAUGUUUUCCAAAAACGGGUUUCCAAAAUCGCCUUUUCCAAACGCAUGGAAAGGGAAAUCGGGACUUUACGCGGCUGGAUUCACGAGGAAAGGAUUGGCCGGAGCAUCAGCAGACGCUGUUAACAUCGCUAAAGACAUUGGAAACGUGUGGAGAGAAGAGACCAAACGUGUGCAGAAAAUAAGAACACGAGUUGGUCACCGCCGAUGCAUCUCAAUUGCUUAGGCAUCAAGUUAGGGUUCUUACCUUCCUUUACUAUUUUAUUCAAAAGGGGUUUGAAAAAAGAUGGUUCGUUUAUUAUUUCAUUUUUUUUAAAGAAACAAAAGUAUACAGAUAAAAGAUAGGAAUAAAACAGACUGUAAAAGAGAGCCCUCUCCUGAAGACCCAACAGUGUUGUUUUUAAAAGCUGUACGGGCGUUUUUAUUUGCUAGGAUGAUGUGGCGUUUCUCUAUUUAUUUGAUUUUUUGUAAUGUUUUUUUGUGUGUGUGUUGUUUCUUUUUGAGAAAAAAAAGAAGAGAAUUGUGUGUGUUGUUUUGUAAUGGUUUUAUUAAACGUAAUAAAUAUCUCACUCACUUUGUUUGUGUCGUCAAAAAAGGCUCCUUUGUUUGUUAUUUUCUUUUUGCAAAGUAAGUUUGGUAUAUGAUUAUACCACUGGAGAUAUAAAUAUAUAUAAAAACGUUUCAAACUUCCAAAUUUGACUUGGCGAAAAAAAAGUUCUGUUUGAUUAUUCGAUAUGAAGAAAUUAUGUAAAGAUGGUUGGCAAAAAAUGUAAUGAUCUGAAACUUAUCUUGUUGUGAACGCACUCCUGUACCACAUUCUCUACUAAAACCGGACUAGAUGCUCGUUCCAGAGGCUAGACGCUCAGUUAAAAUCAGACGUUAGUCACCAGAGAGGAGGAGGAAGAAGACUUGCGUGUCCUUGUCAACACACUCUUAUCAGCAGCUGAUCUAGAUGAAGAGUCAGAGUCAUUGUCGUCAUAUGUUUUGUCCAAAUGGCAUUCUGUAGAAAGCCCACUAGACCCAUCUUUGAGAGGCAUCUACGCGAACUCGGCAGAACAUCAAAGACUUGGAACCAACGUGAAGAAGCUUGUGUUCGACCUUGUCAACACGCUGCUUUUGGAGCUAACACCGAGCUAUCUCGGACCUCGUUGUCUCAAGAUUCUCUCUGGCAAGACAUUGGGGGCUUAUGUGAUAAACCGGAUGCAGAAAUGUUUAAAGGGUAAUGGAAGGGUGGAAGAUCGGUGGUGGGAUGAAGACGGAGACUUGAGCAGUUUGGCGGUGAAUAGAGUGGUGAGGAUGGAAGAGGCGGAGAUUGGUUCACCGGAGAGUUUGAGGUUGGAAAUGGAUUCCAUGGGAGAAGAACUAGAGUUGAAGUUGCUGGAGGAGUUAGUGGAAGAGUUUUUGAUGAAUUUUUCAAAACAAUCCAAAUUCUUCACUCCAAGUAUUUGUUAAAUCAUAUAUGAAUGUAUAUUAUAUAGUUUUUUCGUGUGUAUAUGGUUGAAUCACAUUUUUUGUUUUUGGUUUCUAGUUUGGGUGACGGAUAACUGAAACAAAAAGUGUUUUUGAGUAAUCGAUUUUUCCAUCAACCCUUCGACCAGAUGUGAGAUAACCGGCUAACUUUUGAAAUUAUUGAUUAAGAAGUUCUUAUUGGUUUAUGUAUUUUGAUUGAUUAAAAAUAUAUAUAGUAUUUACAGAACCAAUUAAAAUAUAAAAAAAUUCAAAUCAAACAUAUAAAAAAAAUUACUACGAGGUUCUGGAUUACAUAUUGUAUGAUGAGGUGUAAACCAUUUUAAAUGUACAUUUUUUUUGAAGAGAUUCCUCCUAAUGAUAUUUGAACUUAUGAGCAUAUUUCACGAGCAUUACUUUAUAAUCACUUUAAUAGUCCGUGGUCUGUCUGCAUGAUACAUAUCUUGCUGACCAAUAUAAUUCUAAUAGUUAGUGUUCUAAAUGCGCCUCUUAGAAGUUUAUGUUUCAUGGAACUAUAAUCAUUUAUGUGUCUUCUUUCUUUUUUUUUUGAUCAGCUCAGUUAUGUGUCUUCAUUUGUUUUUAUUAGGCUUUAUUCAAGCCUUUUGCAAUGGAUCUGUAAUCUGUAUAGUUUAUAGAUGUCAUAAUCCCGUGUAUAUAUUUUCUUUAAGACACCUCACAUGAUCACAUCACUAGCUUGUCACUAUUAAUUUCACUUGGAUUUGGCAAGAUCCAAAAGGAUCCAAGGGUAGUGAUGUGAAACAUAGCAUUAAUUAUAAAACAACUAAAACUUUAUCGUAGAAAAUGUUCAAAAAAAAAAAAAAAAAAACUAAAACUUUAUCGUGAUCGAAAGAUCUUUCAAAAUUAUGAAAUCAUCUGAUUUCCAAUCAUGGCCUAUAUUCCCUUUAUGUAUUCGAUCAACAUACUUCUGUUAUUUUUAUCAUAUACUUUAAUUCAUUCUAUACUGUGUCAUUUAUCAUAAAUUUAUUACAAUGUUCUAUUUUGUUUUAAAGACAAAAUUAAUGACGGAUACUACACAUACUGCAAACACCCUCGUUCAUAUACACUUUUACAGUCGUUUCUAUCCUCUCAUUACCUCAAAUGAAGGGAACAACAUGUUAUUUGUAUACAAGGGCGGACCAAGAGAGCAACGUACCGGGCCCGUGUCCCCAUUUAAUUUUUCUAUUUUCUUUAACAAAUACUAUAAAAUCUAUAGAAAUGUCCCCAUCCCAAAAUUUAAAUAUAGUUAAGAAAUAUUUUGUGCCCUUAACUAAAUUUGUUUCUAGAUCCUUCUGUGUUUGUAUACCGGUACCGUUUGUAAAACAAUUGCGCGUUGUAAUCAGGGGCGAAUCCAGGUUAUUAAUUAAGUGGGUGCACUAUUGAUUACAACAUGUAAAAAGUCACAAGGUGGUUUCGAACUCGGGUUUGGUAUGGGUGCACAACACCACUUUUCCACCUGCUCUAACUAAAUUUUUAUGUUUUUCUAUAUGAAUAUUACAUUAUAAAUAAAUAUUAUGGGUGCACAGGCCCCCAUAGUGGGUAACCUGGCUUCGCCCCUGGUUGUAAUAAGAGAAUCAUAUAACCUUUUCAAAUAAUUGACAGUUAGAUAUUCGUUCAGAUUUAAUUGAUCUAUUUAAAUUUUUAAUUUUUAGAAUUAGAAAUUUAAAUAUGAUUCGAAUAGACUUUGAGUGCCUAUUUUAACUAUUUAAUGUAAAAAGAAAACUUAAUACUCAAAAUUCAAAAACAAAAAUAAUAUAAAACAUAAAAAUUUAAAUAAUGUAAGAUUAAAUACUUGAAUUUACAUAAAAUAGUUCAAUCUAAAUAUUUAGAUGGAAAAAAAUAUAUAUUUUUCAAUAUUUUUCAAUAUUUUGUUAUUUUAGAUAUUUUCAUAUUAAUGAAUAUUUAAUAGAUAUAAAAUUUAAAAUAAUUAAUAUAUUUUUUCAGAGAAAAUUUAAUUAACUAAUACAAAAAUUAAAAAUAUGAAAGCUAAAAAUGAGCUGAUUAAAAAAAUUAGUGUAUACAUAUUAAAUUGUCAGCAACAUAGUUAAGAAGUGUAGUUGUCCUCCUAUGCCAGUGUUUAAACGCAAAAGCCAAUAUAUCUACAACCUUCGUUACAAUAAAAAGUGUAAAUCGCAAAUAAAUAUCUCUGUAUAUAUUUUACACGACAAUUGACGUACUAAAGAUAUUUUACAAAGCAGUGUAAUAUAUUAAUUUUUUAGAAUAUGAUUUUUUUUUUCUAACCGAGUAUCCUAAUCCUACCGAGCUGGUCCAGACUAGAGACUGAAGUGAGCAAGGACGCUGCCAGGGCGUCACCAUGUGGCUCACCGUGUAACGGUCUUCGGUCUCGAUAUGAGUUAUCAGCAUUAUCGAUAUGAGUUAUCAAAGUUUGUGGGUUUAAGCUAACUUGUGACAUAUUAUUCCUAGAUAGGUUAAUUAAAAAUGUGCUUAUACACCAAUUUGUUGAAACUUGAAUGUGAACCCGCGUGCCGAAAAGGCUAAAGAGCUUUAGUUGGGUUUAGUAGUCUUCGGCUGCAAACAUUCUUAUGGUUUAUCCGCAUUUAUCUUCUUCUUUUUUUCGUUCCGUAUAUGACAUUUCCUUCUAAAAAUUAUAUAUUUCAUCUUUCUUCACGGCCAAGACAGUCUGUAUUCUUCAAAUACAUCAAAAGAAAAACUUCCAGUUAUUACUGAAACCCUCGAUAAAUUUUGUUAAAAGUAUUGUUUUUUACAAUGAAAGAAAAAUAAAGAAGAGACAAAAAGCUGAAAAGAGAAGGUGGCGAAGAGUGUUCUGACUUGUCACGGCCAAAACCUUACAAACAUUAGAUUUGUGGUUCCAUAUGAUGACGUUGCCCAGUCACGCCUCCACGUGCACAUUAUUGAUAAUUCCACUCCCCCUACUCUAUUUAUUUAGUUAUAAAGCAAAGUCUAUUUUUCUUUCUUACUUCUCGAGUCCAUAUAGGAUCGAAAUUUGUUCAAAACAAGAUUAGAGCUCGUCUCACAUUACAACUAAUCUUUUAUGAUCGGGAAGUUACGCACAUUCAAAUCUGUACUGAACUUUUGAUACCAUUUUUAUGAUAGAUUUUGACUCUUUCAACAUUUAUGAAACACCAGUUUUUAACACCAAAAAUGUAUAUAAAACUUUUUUUUUUAACAUAAUAGGUUAUGGGCAGUAAAAAAAUACUGUUUUAGACUGCGAAGUACAUGUAACAACGCCUGUAAAAUAUCAACCCUUAGAGCAUGUUUAUUGGUAAGACCUUUAAGUGGUUCUUAGUGAAUUUUUAACUAUUAAAUUUAAGAUAAAAGAGUUUGUUAAGAGACCCUUAAUUUUAAUGGUUUAUUGGUUGUUUCUUAAUGAUGGUAUAUAAGAACACAAGUUAAGAAAAUGGAGAUGAAGAAUGUGAGAUAAACAAGAAAGAGGAUGGAGAUUUAAUAUUUUGAGAAAGAGAAGAAUGGUAUCUGAUUUAUUAA